GUAUUUCAUCUUCUAUACGCCAUCUUGCAUGUGGCAACGAAUAAUACACGUGCUUCCGGAGGAGGUGUAUUGUGGAACAUGGCAGCUUCCAUAUUUACAGCAUUAUAGACUCGAUUCGGCAUUGCACUAGCACUUUUUUUCUCAGUUGUCCUGUGUGAAGCCUUGAAUCAGCACUUGGAAUUGUCUGUCUGUGGUUUGGAGGCUACUGUUAAAGCUUGGAGGUUAUAUCCAUCCUUUACCACCUUCCUACUAUGAAGGUAUUUUGCGGUCGAGUUAACCCUACAACUGGGGCUAUGGACUGGGUGGAGGAAGAUGAGCAUUAUGAUUACCACCAAGAAAUUGCACGAUCGUCCUAUGCUGAUAUGCUACAUGACAAAGACAGGAAUGAAAAGUAUUACCAGGGAAUUUGUGCUGCAGUGCGACGAGUGAAGCAAAGAGGUCAAGAAGCUGUGGUUCUGGAUAUUGGGACGGGCACCGGGCUUUUGUCUAUGAUGGCUGUCACUGCGGGUGCUGAUUGCUGUUAUGCCAUUGAGGUAUUCAAGCCGAUGUCAGAUGCAGCAGUGCAGAUUGUUAAGGCUAAUGGCUUCAGUGAUAAGAUCAAAGUGAUCAACAAACAUUCAACAGAGGUCACAGUAGGACCGGAUGGAGACAUGAAGACCAAAGCCAAUAUCUUGAUCACAGAACUGUUUGACACAGAGCUUAUUGGAGAAGGAGCCUUGCCAAGUUAUGAGCAUGCUCAGCACAACUUAAUGCAGGAGACAUGGGAGGCUGUUCCUCACCGGGCCACAGUUUUUGCCCAACUUGUGGAGUCUACCAGGUUGUGGAGCUGGAACAAACUGUUUCCUUUAAACCUGGAAACUGGAGACAUUAAGCCACACCCUGAACUGGAAACCUGCCCUGGAGCCCCAUCUGUGUGUGAUAUACAGCUAAGUCAGCUAAAUCCCAGGGACUUUAAAAUCCUCAGUGAGGUUCUCUGUGUGUUCAGGGUGGAUUUUAGCUGCCAGGUUAGCAGUGCACCAACUUCCCAUCCAGUACACUUCACAAGUUUGGCCAGUGGAGCAGCCCAGGUUGUCCUGUCUUGGUGGGAGAUUGACAUGGAUCCAGAUGGAUCAAUAACCUGCACCAUGCAGCCAAGUUGGAUGUAUGAAACCCAGCAGUCUGUUCCUUGGAGGGAUCACUGGAUGCAAUGUGUAUAUUUCUUGCCAAAGGAGUGUUCAGUAACACAGGGCGAAGUGUGCUGCCUUACUGCUCAUCAGGAUGAUUAUUGCGUGUGGUACAGCCUCAACAAGUCUAGUGCAGAGAACGAUCCGGUAUGUAGGGAGCGUCCUACAUGUCAUUGUGGAGCUCAUAUCACUUGGAACCGAGCCCGUUUUGGAGAACUGAAUGACCGUCACAGAACACAGCAGUACUUUGAAGCCCUAAAAAAGGUUGUGACUCCUAGCAGCACAUGUUUGUGUGUAAGCGAUGGAAGUUUGCUUCCAGUCCUGGCACAUUCUCUUGGUGCAAAACAGAUAUACACUUUGGAAUCUUCUUCAAUAGCUCAACAUCUUAUGAAAAAGCUCUUUCAAGUCAACCAUCUUGGAGAGAAGAUCCAAGUCCUACAUAAAUCUGCAGACAGUCUAAUAACAGCUGACUUUGAGGACAGAAAGAUUAGCACUCUGAUUGGGGAGCCUUUCUUUACCACCAACCUUCUGCCAUGGCACAACCUGUAUUUUUGGUAUUCUCGGACAGCCCUGUCUACAAACCUAGCCAAGGAUUGCACUGUGCUUCCACUCUCUGCCUCCUUACAUGUUGUGGCUGUGGAGUUCAAGGACCUCUGGAGGAUCAGAAGUCCUUGUGGUAUGUGUGAGGGAUUUGAUGUCAGCAUCAUGGACAAAAUGAUAAAGAAUUCUUUAAACUUUAGAGAAUCACAGGAAGCAGAGCCACAUCCACUUUGGGAAUACCCCUGCAGAGCCCUCUCUGAGCCAAUACAGGUUAUGACUUUUAAUUUCACAGAACCAGUGCCCACUGAAGAAAUCCGUGCAUCUGGUUCUUUAAACCUGGUGAGGUCUGGUCAGUGCCAUGGUGCAGUACUGUGGAUGGUGUAUGAACUCACCAAAGAGAUAACAGUUAGUACUGGGCUGAUUGGAAUUUCAGAGGAGAUGGGAGAGUGUCAGUGGUAUCCUCACAGAAAACAAGGAGUCUAUUUCUUCAGUUCGAUCCUGAACCCACAAACUAUACCAGCCCAGUCUCCCAGCUCUGUCUCCUACUCAGUGACAUUUAUACCAAAAGAAGGAGAUAUUCGGAUGUGCUUUGAACCAGACUUUUAGCAGCAACCCCCUCCAUAUUUGAUUUUAUUUAUUUGUCUUUAAGGUUUCAGAUGUGCAGUUCAGAAGUCAGACAGAAUUGCCUGGAAUGCCUUAAGCUUCUACACUCUGGAACUAAGAUAAAUAUUGGUUUAGUAGGAGAAAUCAGUCACUCCCAUAAGCCUCCCUCCACUGCUUUAUAUGGUAUAUGACCAAGUAUCACUUGCUGAAUGCAUAUUACUCCAAGCAGUUAUGUAUUUCUUGACUUUGUUUGCUUUUUUCCCUCAUUUUCUGAUUACAGAUUGUAUUUACGUUUGCCAGUGGUGACUACAACCUUUCUAUUUUGCUUUUGUGCCCCAAUAUGAAUGGUUAUGACUGAUUUGCAUGUCUAGUGGCCAACAAUACUGUGAAGAGGCCAUUCAGAGAUGCUUUUCUCUACAAGACAUAUUACUUAUCAGCUUCUUCUUGUACUAGUAGAAAUGCAAAUUAAAAAAAAAUUAUAUAUAUAUAUAUAUAUAUAUAUAUAUAUAUAUAUAUAUAUAUAUAUAUAUUUUUUUUUUUUAUAUAUAUUUUUUUUUUUUUUAAUUGGUUUCAUGCCUUUUAGGAACAUUAAACAUUGACAUUGUUUGAAGAGAGCAACUGGGAUGCUGACUAUCUUUAGUCCUCCAGCCAUUGCUGUUAUUAUAAUCUUAGCAUUUUAGCUGCUAAGGUAUGCUGGGAGCUGAACAUUAAGAUCGAUUUUUACAGUAAUGGUCUCAUUCAUACUUGACAAGUCCUUUGAUUGACGUACAGCACCAAAACAGGAAGAUUUUUGUAGAUAAAUGCCUUUAUUAGAACAUUUGGCAGGACCUGGAUAAGCGUUUCAGGCUACACAGAGCCUUUUUUCAAGCUACUUGACAAGUCCUUCUCUUAUUGGCAGAUUUUUCAUGGGUCGAAUUGAAAAUUAGAAAUUUUCAAGUUUUUUAUGGCCAAAACUGUCAAAUUCGACUAGGGAAUUGGCAAAAUUCAAUUCAAGUUUUUUUAAAAAUUUGAAAUCGAUUUUCUAGAUUUAUCAUACUCUGGCCCUUUAAGACAUUUCAACUAUUCGCCACCUAAAACCUGCAGAACUGCUGUUUUAGUCAAUGGGAGACGUUCUGGGAUCAAUUUUGAGGUUGUUUGUAGCCUUCCUGACAUUUGAUUUUGUUUCAGAGAAAAAUCUUGAAUUGAGUGUAGAGACUUAUAGGGUUAAAGUGCCCCUAUGCCUUUAAUUCCCUUACCUUCCUCCUUUUCCCUUGUUGCUGGACAAAAGCCCAUUUAUCUAGUUAUAUUUACAUAUCAAGUUUAUUGGCCAAGAGGUGUAAUGACCACUUCCUACCACAUUUCAAUAUAGUGUUUGGAAAAGGGUGGUCUUCCUCGCUGGCUGCUCGUGUCCUAUCGACUGGUUGUUCCCAUUGAGCCUGGGUACACCAAGGCCCAGUAAAGCCAUUUCCCUAGAGGGACCAGUACCUCUAGUGUUGGGGACCAGGGAACCCCAUGAACGAGGUUAGCUAAAAACAGGUUAUAUCUGUCACAGACUCUCUAGGAGAGUAAGUUAGAGAGUACAGAUAGUAUGAGCAGCUUUGUGCUCCAUCAAGGAUCUGUAGCAGGGAGUAGCUUCCCAAGGCUCCUAGAUUGCCUUUAGUGAAGGGACCACAGUGGAUAGGGCAUCAGGCUUAGACUCCUUCUCCCUGACCAUUCCACUGGUUGGAUCUGGACCACUUAAAGGUAUAAUCUGCCUGGUGAUGUUCCUUAGUGCUUCGCUACAAUGCCUAUGCGAGUCACAUUCCUCAGCUGUGUCAUCCAACCUCUUUCAGCCUGCUAAUAUAUUGCAUAAACCUCCUGACUGUGGUCAUUUGUCUAGAACAAAUAAAACUAUCACUUAUGUCACCAUAA